AUGCCUCCCCGUCUCGUCCGCCGCCGCCCGCUCAAGGAGCGCAUCAUCUCCGCCCUAGACCCGUGGGAUUUCUUCCUCUGGUUAUCUGAAGAGAUCGAGACCAGAGACUACGGCUCCAAGUCUGUAGGGAACCAGCUUGGCCUAGCGCUCAACUUUGCCUUCAUACUUGCGCGCGUAUAUGGAACGAAUUCGACAGGCAGCGACGACGACAUUUUCAGUGAUUCCUACUCUGACACGUCAGGGUGGCUUGGUUAUUUCGCAUGGUCUGUAACCUGGGAGCUGACUGCACUCUCAAUAUGUAACCUCUUCUACACGUUCUGGCGAUCACGCGCAUACCGAUUCUUCGAGGCCGAUGUCGAACAACCCGUUAGCACACCUUCCGCGCAACGGGUACGAGUGCAGUCCUCACCAGCCUCUUCAUCCCCUUUGCGACUUAUCAGCGAUCUCGUCGGUGACAGCGCCGAAUCCCGUGCCCACCCUGACAGGACCCGAGAUGUGUGGGAGUUGCGACUAUGGGAUCCAGUGCCAGCAUGCCUGCAGCUGGUCUGCCUUUUCAGCCCUUUACAUGUGCUGGUAUACAUGAUGGCUCUACCACUGAAGCCCCUCGAUCCACAACCUAGUGUGACAGUCUUCAAGUGUCUGUUCGAGCAGGUUGCAAUAUCCGCUCUGCUGCUGGCCCUCGAGUCUGCGUUUGCUCGGCAGAAAAAGGACACCGCGCUUGUCCAAAAGGAGGUAAUGAGAGAGUACGACAACAAAUAUGUUCACCAACGUCUCCAACCCCCGGUGGUCAGAGACGUAGGUACCCAAUGCGGAGAGGAUGAUGAUGGAAAUGAGUGGGAAGAUAUCCAAGUAGGGACGCCAACAACCCUGAUUCGGCGCCGCUUUCAGACACAUCCGAACCAAAAUUAUGUCAAGCAUUUUGACCCGGACGGCUCGGGAUACGCACCUCCCAGCCGCUCACUCAGCCCUGCAGUAUCUACUCCGGUCAACAACAGACCUAAACAGACUGAUUUGUUCCAGUCCGUACUCAAGCCACGCCCAUCGCCGCUGCGGCAAGGUUUGUCAGCUUCUAGGACACCGAGGCUUUCUCCGGAGAAGUCUGCGGUGACCAACGCAGGUACCAGCACAGGCACAAACUACGGGGGCAGUCUGGGUGUGUACAGCCACUCUGAAUCGCCUCUGAAGAAAGCCGCUAGUAUCAGCGACAUUCGAGGGGGCGGCAAUACCUUUUCACCUCGCAACUCGCGAGAGCUGGCUGCUCUGGAGCAAAGGGACCAGGCCGAAAGGAUGAUCCGAAGGAGCAGCCCGGCCAAGGAGAAUCGCCGCAGUGGCUUGGCUUCGAGUAUGCACUUUGAUGGGCAAGCGGAUGAGGAACCCGAGUCCAGCCCCAACCCAUUUGCUAAGAUGGGACAACACCGCGGUCGCUAUGAGAGAUUUCCCUCUAGAUGGUAG